AUGAAAUUAUUUAGACAUUUAUUAUUAUUUUACUUAAAUAUAUAUUUUAAAAAUGUUUUUAUAAGCUCUAAAAUUAAAUUUCCCACUUUUUUUAAUUUAAAGAAUAAAAAAAAUUAUAAAACAUUUGAAUAUAACAAUUUAGUAAAAAGAGAAAGUAGAAAUAUUUUUAAUUUUAUUAAAAAAAAUAAUAAUAAAAGAAUAAAGAAAUUAAAAAAUUUUAUUAAUUCAUACUAUACCAAUUUUAGUUUGAGUAAUGAAAAAAUAAGAAAGAAAAAAAAAAUAUGUGACAUUAGAAAAUGUAUCAACAAAAAAGAUGAUAACAUAUUUUCUGAAGAAAAAAAUAUAAAACAUGAGAAUAAAAUAAAGACUAUAAAUUUAGAUGGGAAUUAUGAUGAUUUCAUAAAUUUGGUAGAAUUUGGGGAUCUUUCUUUUUUUUACGGUACAAAUUCUAAUAGAAAUUUUUAUUUUUAUGAAAAUAUUAUCAAAUAUAUUAAAGAAAAUAAAAAUAAUUUUAUAAAUAUUAACUCAAAUGAAGAGAAUACAAAAAAAAAAACGAUUAUAGAUAAAAAUUUUAUACGUAUUAGAGGAAGAAUUGAAAGAAAAAUUAAACAAUCAAAAAGAAUCUUUUUAUAUUUAAGGCAAGAUUAUGGUAUAUAUCUAACAUGUGUUUAUGAAAAAAAAUUAGAAAAUAAAAAUGCAGAUGACUUGUAUAAAUAUAUUAAAACUUUAAAAAAUGAAAGUGUUGUUGAUAUUAUAGGGAAAAUAAAGCUACAUGGAAAAUUACAACAAAUAGAUAUUCCUUACUUAGAGAGUUUAUAUAAUCAAAAAAGUUUAGAAAUCAUGAUAUUCCAAAUAUCUUGUAUAUCAGAAUCAUUUUAUGAUAUACCUAUUAUGAUAAAUGAUAAUAGUUUCUUAAAUCAAAAUGAAAACAUUUUAAAUUAUGAAAGUAUACAAGGAAAAGGUGGAAAAAAUGAAGUAAAAGAUAUACAAGAGAAUGAAAAAGAAGAUGAAGAAGAAAAAAAAAAUAUAAUAAAUUAUAAUUCUUCAAAUGAUGAUAAUAUGAAUAAUAAAAUAAAAACUAUGGAAAAUAAUAAUAAAGCAGGAGACAAUGAAAUUGAUAAAAAUAAUAUAAACAUCUAUGAAAAUAUAUCAGACAAUUCAUUUAUUAAUAAUAAUGAAAUAAUAAAUACCAAUGAAAAUAUUUUAAAAUCACAUAAUUUUUGCUUAAAUUACAGAAAUUCAAUAAAUCAUAUAAUUUUUAAUAUUAAAAGUAAAUUAUCUCAGAGGUUAAAAAAUUUAUUGCAUAAAGAUAAUUAUAUAGAAGUAUUCACAUCUAAAUUUAUAAAAAUUAACAAAAAAAAUCAAAUUAAUACUACUAAUAAUACAGAAUCUGGAGAAAAUUCUGAUAUUAAAAUGGUUAAAAAAAAAGAAGAUAUAAAUAAGAAAAAUACAGAAAAAAAUAUUAUUGAGUUAAAUGGUUCAGAAGGUGGAUGUAAUUGCUAUAAAAUUGAAAAAGAAAACUUAUUACUAGUUCAAAGCCCACAAUUUUAUAAACAAAUGCUAAUAAAUUCAGAUUAUGAAAAAAUUUUUGAAAUGAAUUAUUCAUAUAGAAAUGAGAAAUUUCAUACAUCUAGACACCUGAAUGAAUUUCUAUCACUAGAUAUUGAACAAGUAAUUUAUGAUAAUUAUUAUGAAAUAAUAAUUUAUAUGUAUGAUAUACUAAAAUAUUUAAAUAAUUAUUUAAAUGAUUCCUUUUGCGAUGAACUAAAUUUAAUUAAUUUAGUUCAUAAAGAUAAGAAAUUAACUUUUGAAAAAAGUAAAAUUUCAAAAAAUCCCAUUGUUUUAUCUUUUUGUGAAGCUCAUGAGUUACUUAAUAAAUAUUAUUUAAAAAAAAAUUCAUCAGAAAAUUAUAUAUAUAAUAAUACUUAUAAGAAAUAUAUUAAAAUUUUGAAUAAAGAAGAAAAAGAUAAAUUAAAAAAAAAAAUAUCAUUUGAGUCUUGUGGAAAUAAUAAAUUGCACAAUGUGUAUUAUUAUAACAAAAUUGUAAAAAAAUAUAAAAUAAAUAUAAAACACAAUAAAAAUAAAAGAGACAAUAGCUCUUCAGAUAUUUAUAAAUUUUUAAAUAAUUUAAAUAAAGACGAAUUAUAUAAAAAUAUAUUAUUAUUCUUUAAUAUGAUUUAUGAAAACGUUUAUUCGAAAAAUUCUAGUAGUAAUAACUACUACUAUAACAAUACUAAUGAAGUUGACGAAAAAUAUGAUAUGAAUAAUAACGUAAAUCAUAGAUCUAUUAAUGAUAAUAUCAUAAAAUGCAAUUGUUCAAAUUUGAAUAAUAAUACAUUUAAUAGUUGCAAUAAAUGUUGUAAUAUUAAUAAAGAAGAUAAAGAAGAUUUUCGAACAGAAGUAUGCAAUUAUAAUUUUUUAGGUUUGUUGAAUAAUUUUCAAGAAAAAAAAAUGUGUGUUAAGCAAACUUUAGCAGAUAAGAAUCUAAAAGAUAAAUAUCUUUUUUAUGAUGAUUUUACAAAUGAUCAAUUAAAUUAUUUGUAUUUAUUUCUAAAAUAUAAUUAUGAAACAGAUUUAUUUAUAAUUGAUCAAUAUCCUAUAUAUAUUAGACCUUAUUAUACUUUAAGUAACAUGUAUGAUCUUCGUUUUACGAAUAGUUUUGAUUUCAUUUAUAAAGGGAUGGAAAUUAUAUCAGGUAGUCAAAGAAUUAAUAAUUUACCUAUUUUGUUAUUUAAAGUAUUGAAAGAAAAUAAAAAAAUUGAUAUAUCAAAAUAUUUAAACAUAACAAAUUUUACAGUUUUAGGUUAUUUGAAUCAUUUUCAAAAUAUAAUUAGUAAAAAUUCAACUAUACAUAAAUAUUUCAAUUCAUUUCAAUUCUCUUCUAAGCCACAUGGAGGUUUAGCUUUAGGAUUUGAAAGAUAUUUAAUGUCAGCAUUAAAUUUAAGAAAUAUAAAAAAUGCUAUUUUUCAUGAAUAA